GAUGACCCACCCACCCCAGCUCCAAGAGGGCGUAAAAAGGAGCGCAGGCGGACCCGCACAGAAGUUCACGAUGUCCCGUUGGUUGCUGCUGUGCGUGCUGCUAGUCCUGAUUGAGUUCGGCCGGCCGGCCGCGCUGCAAAACGCGCUGGAGAAAGUCCUGGAGGAUUUCCACGGGCAGAACCUGGUCCAGGCGGCCUUCCGAGGGCAGGCGGCCAGAGAAGUGGUGGAGGAGUUACAGAUGGGCACCUACGUCCAGUUGGAAGUGGAUCUCGUCCAGACGGUUUGCAGAAAACAUCUGUGGAGGAGGCAGAACUGCCAGAUCAAACCAGGCGGCAGGAGGCAGAAAUGCCUGGCUUGCUUCAAGUUUGAUGCCACCAAUCCCGGGACCAUUAUCAACAAAUCCCUCCGAUGCUUAUCCGAAAACAAUCCCAUCUUCCAGGAAGCGAGGAAGCGGCAAGAAGAGGCAUGCCAGAUCGUCAAGUCGGCCAACGAGGAACAAUACCUGCCUGGAAAGUUUGCCUUUUCCGUCGGACUUCCUUCCUGAUCGUUCCCAGCACACCUGAGCUGCGUGGUUGGUUGACUGGCACCUAGCGGGCAUCCGUGCAUUGCCCCUCUCCAGCAGAAGUCCAUCUUCCAGAAGCAUCAGCCCCUCGCCUCUCCCCUCCCUUUUGAUUCUCCUAAUAAAAUUACAAGUUCACCAA